GGACUAAGCCAAUGAACAUGAUAAUGGAUAGCAGUCAUGCCCAUGCAAUACAACGGACCUCUCCAUUGCGGGAGUCGGCCACAACUCCGCCAUCACAACAUCCACAUGCACACAUUCACAAUCAACAUUUGCAACAAACUCCCAAGGAUUUACAAAUUUCAACAACUCCACCAACACCCCCGAAUGAGGAUAGCAAUCAAAUGUCUCCAAGGACACCGCAGGCGACAACUAAUCCCAAAACCACAACCCUGAAGCGGUCCUUUGAUGUGGCCUUCCUAAUGAUGCCCGAUGAACGUUUAAAGGCCUCACAGGUGUCGCAGGAAAAACAAAAGUUGCAACAGCAACAACAACAGCAGCAACAAUAUCAGCCACAGCCAGCUAAGAUACCAAAUUUGCGCCAAUAUCCACAAAUCACGGUGAGGACUCCUCGCAUUUACGAUGAUCCCACCUUGGUAAUAGCCUCCAGUGAUUGGGAGUCUCAUCCCCUGAAAAGUGCUUUUACCAAAGUCAACUCUCGGCUGGAGUCUCCGGGUCAACCUGCACCUCCCUUGAGUCCAGAUCAAUUGAGCUGCUCCUCAAUGAGUCCCCCAGUGGCCACAACUCCACCACGCUCGGCCAGCGGCAGUAGUAAUGACAUUAUUUCCAUCGACAGUUUACCCUCAUCUCCGGCGGCUCUUUCACCCACAAUGGGUUAUCAGAAUUUCCGCCCAGAAUACUCGCCAAAUGGUGCAUUUCAAUCGGUGCAAAAUCUCCAGGCCCAUCGCCUAAAGCAACAAUUCUUAUAUCGCUCCCCUGUCAUGAGUCCCGAACAUCAGGCGGCACCACCACCAGCAGCUAGCCCACCCGGAUUUAUUCCCGUCUAUCCAGGAUUUCCAUUUCCACCAAAUGCCGCGGCUGGUAUGCCUCAUCCAUUUGGGCCACUACCACCGCCGGAAAUAAUGCCACGCAUGGUACAAAAUCCAGCCGCCGCGGCCAUUCUUUCCACUCUCAUACCGCCCACCUUGGCCUCCACGUUUACGCUGACCGCCCAAAAUGUUUGUGCCAAGUGUAACAUAAGCUUCCGCAUGACCAGCGAUUUGGUCUAUCAUAUGCGUUCACAUCACAAAAGUGAGGUAUCGGCGGAUCCGAACCGCCGCAAACGGGAGGAGAAACUUAAAUGUCCUGUUUGCCAGGAGUCCUUCCGGGAACGUCAUCACCUGACACGGCACAUGACGGCUCACCAAGACAAGGCCAGUGAUCAGACCAGUGGAACACCACCCAACUCAUCUCCUAGUGGUGGUGGCAGUGGCGGCCAAGGUGACAAUGGGAAUUUCCAACAACAACACAACAAUAUGCCACGCAUGAAUUCCCAACGCUCCUCGGCGUCAGCGGCGGCUGCUGCAGCCUACUCGAAAUGACUAAGGAACGAGUUUAAUUAUUUCUAAAGCCGACGGCUCAGGCGUUGAAAGUGUUUUGCAGUCGGAUUGUUAUUUUUUUUAGUCGGAUGACAAAUUUUUAAAUAUUUUAAUUAUUUUUUUUUUGUUUAAAAAAAUAAUUAUUAAUAAUUGUGCAUUUUGUGAUAUUAAAUUAAUACAACAAAGAUAUUAAAGGCUCAUAAGUUGACCGAUAUUUUUUCUGUU